UUCUGGACGAGCUGAGCUGAGAGGGUUUUCUGUUCGACUCUCUCUGCUCUAUGUAGAGACGUAGAGUGCGUGUCUCUGGGAAGCGCUCUCUUUUUCUUAUCUUUUUAAUUUUCGUCUGUCCUAUCGGAAACCAAGUUCCCAACUUUCUCACUCAUUUUCCGUCCAUCAAACAUGGGAUUAUCCACCAAGUUCGGCCGCCUAGAACUUCGCUCCACCUUCUUCACCGGCUCAUCGUCUUUGUUGGAUGUACAGAAGCCUGUAUUUAGACCUCAUCUGAAGCCGAAUUCGGUCUCUGUGACAGCAAAUUCCGUCUCGAGAAGUCCCAAUUUGCUCAAAGUCACUCCCUUUAACCCUCGAAGAAGAAGCUCCGGGAUAAGAGCGCAAUCGUCUACUGCUACCCUCGAAACAGCAGAGGCUGAUGCCAGAGCCGAUAUCGAAUCCCUUUUUUCUGACAAUUCUGCGGAGGAAUUUGAGAGGAACCGUAACAAGAACAAACAAUCCUCGUCGAGCAUUUCGUCUGGGGUCAAGCUCGAAAAUAUCAGCAAAAGCUACAAGGGUGUCACUUUAUUGAGAGACGUCACAUGGGAAGUUAAGAAGGGCGAGAAGGUCGGGUUAGUGGGGGUGAAUGGUGCUGGCAAAACGACCCAGUUGAGAAUCAUCACUGGACAGGAACAGCCAGAUUCGGGGAACGUAAUCAAGGCUAAACCUAAUAUGAAAAUUGCGUUUCUGAACCAAGAAUUCGAGGUGUCAUUGAGCAGGACUGUGAGGGAGGAGUUUACUAGUGCGUUCAAGGAGGAGAUGGAGAUUGCUGGGAAGUUGGAGAAAGUGCAGAAGGCCAUAGAAAGCUCUGUGGAGGACUUGGAGUUGAUGGGUAGGCUUCUGGACGAAUUUGAUUUGCUGCAGAGGAGAGCGCAGGCGGUGGACUUGGAUGAAGUUGAUGCAAAAGUCAGCAAGUUGAUGCCAGAGCUUGGAUUCACUGCUGAGGAUGCAGAUAGGCUGGUCGCAUCAUUCAGUGGUGGGUGGCAGAUGCGGAUGUCGCUUGGGAAGAUUCUGUUGCAGGAUCCUGAUUUGUUGCUUUUGGAUGAACCCACAAAUCAUCUUGACCUUGAAACAAUCGAAUGGCUUGAGGGUUACCUCACAAACCAAGAUGUGCCCAUGGUCAUCAUAUCUCAUGACAGGGCAUUUCUUGACCAGCUAUGUACGAAAAUUGUUGAAACAGAUAUGGGUGUGUCCAGGACAUUUGACGGAAACUACUCGCAGUAUAUCAUUUCAAAGGCAGCCUGGAUUGAAUCCCAGAACGCUGCAUGGGAAAAGCAGCAAAAGGAAAUCGGGCAUACAAGAGGUUUAAUAAAUAGAUUAGGUGCAGGAGCAAACUCUGGACGCGCUUCCACUGCUGAAAAGAAGCUAGAGAGGCUUCAAGAGGAGGAUCAGAUAGAGAAGCCAUUCCAACGGAAACAAAUGAAAAUUAGGUUCCCUGAGCGGGGAAGAAGUGGAAGAUCGGUAGUGAUGGUUAAAAAUCUAGAAUACGGCUAUGAGGAUAAAGUUCUAUUUAAAAAGGCAAAUCUGACAAUUGAAAGGGGAGAGAAAGUUGCCAUUAUUGGCCCAAAUGGGUGUGGAAAGAGUACUUUACUUAAGCUGAUACUGGGAUUGGAGAAGCCAAAACAAGGUGACGUUGUCCUUGGGGAGCAUAAUGUUCUACCAAAUUAUUUCGAGCAGAAUCAGGCUGAAGCUCUUGAUUUGGAUAAAACUGUGGUUGAGACAGUAGCAGAAGUUGCAGAAGACUGGAGAAUUGAUGAUAUAAAGGGACUUCUCGGACGUUGUAAUUUCAAAUCUGAUAUGCUAGAUAGGAAGGUUUCCCUCUUGAGUGGUGGUGAGAAGGCACGCCUUGCUUUUUGCAAGUUCAUGGUGAAGCCAUCUAGUCUGCUAGUUUUGGAUGAACCAACAAAUCACUUGGAUAUACCUUCAAAAGAGAUGCUCGAGGAGGCUAUAUCGGAGUACACAGGGACUGUCAUCACUGUUUCUCAUGAUCGAUACUUCAUAAAGCAAAUAGUUAAUAGGGUAGUAGAGAUCAAAGACUGCAAUUUUCAGGAUUAUUCAGGCGAUUACAAUUAUUAUCUGGAGAAGAACCUUGAUGCAAGGGAAAGAGAGCUUGAACGUGAAGCAGAACUCGAGGAAAAGGCUCCCAAAGUCAAAGCCAAAUCCAAAAUGUCAAAGGCCGAGAGGGAAGCUAUGAAGAAACAAAAAAGGCAGGCCUUUCAGACAGCUAAACAAAAAUCGAAAGGACAGAAAAAUGCAAAGAGAUGGAAUUGAGCAGUCGAAGGCUGACAAAUGCGCAACAAUGGAAUUGAGUGAUUCACCUGUAUUAUUCACUCAGGAUCAUCACUCUUUCCUAAGCCAAUUAUACUGUCUAAAUGGCUUAGGAGAUGAGUUGAGUUGAGUUGAGUUGAGUUGGCAUAUUUUGAGUCAUGAUGUACUUGAUGUAUAUAAACAGAAGACAGAUUUUAGUGUAAAAUUUCAAGGCUUUAA